AAUUACAAUAAUUACUAAAUCUUAGAAAGACUUUUAAUUUUGAACGUGAACAUAAUAAUCCGAAAGAAGAGGCUGAAAUAGAAGAGAUGGAGAGAGAACCACUUCUAGCGAAGCAAGAAAAACCUUUAUUAGAUACUCAACACAAUUCUAUCCCUUCUUCACUUUUCACGUACUUGUACGUUGGUCACUUUUUCGCCAGAUGGGGUGCCAGGAUGUGGGAAUUCUCUGUUGGUUUAUACAUGAUCAACAUUUGGCCAAACUCUUUACUUUUUGCAGCUAUCUAUGGUGUGGCAGAAGCUUCUUCUACUGUGCUCUUCGGUGCCAUUGUUGGACAAUGGGUGGAUAGGUUGACAUAUGUAAAGGUUCUCCGACUUUGGUUGGUAGCACAAAAUCUCGCUUAUAUAAUUGCUGGAGGCACAGUGAUUGCACUACUGAAAUUUUCAUUCUUGAAGUCCACAAAUUUUACAGCAUUCAUCUUUCUUGUGAUAUUAACCAACAUCUCCGGAGCAAUCGCAGCACUUUCAACCCUCGCUGGUACCAUCUUGAUUGAAAGGGAAUGGGUGGUUGUGAUGUCAGAAGGCCAUCCUCCAGAAACGCUGACAAAGCUGAAUUCAAUUAUCAGGCGAAUUGAUCUAAUAAGCAAGCUAGGAGCCCCUGUAUUAUCUGGCUUUGUUAUCAGCUUUGUGUCACUAACAUCAUCUGCUGUGUCUUUAGCACUGUGGAAUGCUAUUACUAUUUGGGUGGAAUAUUGGCUUUUUAUCUCUGUAUAUAAUGGGAUACCUGCUUUAGGUGAAAGUAGCCAAAGGAGGGUCUCAAGACUUUCACCUAGUGUUGAAGAGACAGAAAGCUUGCUUUCUGAUGAUGGAGGCAAUUCAGCAUUGGCAGAGGAAAGCUGUGUAAUGAGUAUAUUUGGAUGGAUCCCUUGCUUUGAUGCAUGGAAAGUGUAUUGGCAACAAGAUGUUGUGCUACCUGGAUUAGCUCUGGCUUUGCUCUAUUUCACCGUCCUUAGCUUUGGAACUUUGAUGACGGCUACUUUGGAAUGGGAAGGUGUACCUGCUUAUGUUAUAGGGUUAGCACGUGGAGUAAGUGCUGUGAUUGGAAUAGCUGCAACAGUUGUAUACCCAAUAUUACAAUCUCACAUUUCAACACUUAGAACUGGACUCUGGUCUAUCUGGUUUCAGUGGUUCUGCCUUAUACUAUGCGUUGCUUCAAUAUUUGUGCAAAAUGGCCUUUUAUCAGCGUCUAUGCUGAUGGCUGGAGUAGCAACAUCUCGGCUUGGUUUGUGGAUGUUUGACUUAUCUGUCAUCCAACAAAUGCAGGAUCGUGUUCCUGAAUCUGAUCGAGGUGUUGUGGGAGGAGUUCAGAACUCUCUGCAGUCUAUUUUGGAUUUGAUGACUUAUGUCAUGGGAAUAAUUAUCUCCAAUCCACAGGAUUUCUGGCAGUUGACUUUGAUAUCCUUCAUGCUGGUCACAUUGGCUGCAUUGCUCUAUACUGUACAUAUCUACCAUGUCCGGAAGCACCUCUUCCACUUUGAGAAGUUAUUUUCAUGGAUUCAGUGGUCAAUAAGAUCACCUGAAAAGGCUGAAAUGCUUACUUAAGUUGAAAAGGUAGAGGUUCUUACGUCUUAUGAGUCAUGAUAUAAAUGUUUCUCAGUUGGUGACAACAUGUUGUAUCUGCUGGCCUGAGAAAUUGAUUUCACAUUCCUAUGUAAAUAACAUUCUUACAAUCAGUAUGGCUAGAAGUUAAAACGUUUUGUUUUGAGAAAUAAGAUAGGCAAAUCUAAUAA